AUGCAUGGUAAAGACAAUGUGAUGCUUUGGGCCGCCUUCACUCUGGCCUUUUUUCGUUUCCUGCGCUGUAGUGAAUUCACGUGUAAUUCUCCAUUUGAACCCGAGUGCCACCUAUCCCGCAAUGACAUUAUUUUCCACCCAAAUAUCCUCCACUCGGAAUAUUAUGAUGUCUUGAUCAAGCGUUCCAAAACCGACCCUUUUCGUCGUGGAUGUCGGCAAGGACUAGCCGAAAAACUCUACGCCUCUCAUAGUUUCAGGAUCGGAGCUGCUACAGCUGCGGGCUCAGUCGGCCUAACCUCUUGGCUCAUCAAAACGCUAGGACGUUGGUCUUCAGACUGUUACGAGAGAUACAUUAGAACUCCAAAGGAAGUCUUAGCUUCCGUUCCAUAUAAACUAACUGCAAGUACAAAACAUUGA